AUGCCGCGCUUGGUUCGUAGGACGCCGCUCCUUGAGCGCAUCAAGUCCAUGUUGAAUCCCAUGGACUUCUUGCUUUGGCUGUCCGAGGAGCUCGAGACGAGAGAUUGGGACUCGACUACUGCAGGCACUCAACUAGGCUUGGCCAUGAACUUUGUGUUCCUAGUUGCGCGCGCCAAUUCAGCUUCUUCGACGAGCGACGAUGUUUUCAGUGAUGACGCUGGCACUGGCUGGCUGGCUUUCUUUAUUUACCCUCUGGUCUGGAUCCUCAUCUUCUUCUCGUCUACGAACGCUUUCUACACGAUUACGCGAACCCGCAAGUACCGACUUUUUCAAGUUGACGUCGAGGAGAAGCUCUCGACACCUUCUGCACGCCGUGUGAAGGUCGACCAGUCCAAUUCAUCGCCGGUAACACCCCUGAGAUACCUCGCAAGCAUCCUCACACCGGAAUCCGCCGAAUCACGAGCUCAUCCCGACAAGGGCUCCGAUGUUUGGGAGUUGUCGAUCUGGGAUCCUCUCCCAGUCUCGCUACGGCUCUUCUGCCUCUUUGGUCCCGGCCAUGUGCUGGUCUACAUGAUUUUUCUGCCUCUGGCCCCCUUGGACCCCCGACCGAGCGUGACCGUUUUCAACACUCUCCUUCUGCAGGUCAUCAUUACUGGACAGCUACUCUUCUUCUGUUCUCGAUUCACGCAGCAAGCUAAGGACACGGCGAUCAUCCAGAAGCAGGUGAUGAAGGAGUAUGACACCAAGUUUGUCCACCCUCGAUUGCACCCUGUUGUCCGUGAUGUUGGUACGCAAUUCUCCGACGACCAGCCUCAGAAGUACCAAGACUUUGUGCAAACUGGCACUCCGACCACUCAGAUCCGGCACUCUUUCCAGACUCACGCCAACCCUUAUAUCCAAUCUGUUGGGACACCCGAAAAGAAAGACAUCACCCCUACUCCUAGCAAUGUCAUGAAGCCGCAGAUGUUUACACCUCCUACGGCUAGCCGACGCUCAGAGCUCUACAGACCUAGCGCCAGCCAAAGAAGUUCUGUCCCUCGCCAUAGUCUGCCCGCUGGAUAUACUUCAACUGGCACUUCAUCGGGAGUUGCAAAUAUCAACUUUGGUGGUAGCAUGGGAAUUCACACCCAUCACAAGUCUCCUCUAAAGAAAGCUACGAGCUUGAAUGAGCUCACCUCGCAGGAGACCGCAUCUCCACGAAACUCGCGAGAGAUGGCGGCGUAUGAGCAGAGGAACUGGGGGCAAGGAACUCCUUCCAAGCACACAGAGAACCGUAGAUUGACGGGCUCAAGUGCUGGUAACCCCUUUGCGAACCUGGGUAGAAAACAGGCCCCCCAGGAACGCCCUAACCCACGGUGGUAG